AUCCGGUUGUACCGGAAGACCGGCUUGUCUCUAGAACAGAGGAAUGGCCGUUCUCUUUCUUUCACUACGUUAGCAACAACCUUGGCGUUUAGUAAGUAAUGUGUUAGAAGGGCGGAAUAAUUCAACUGAGACCAGUCGCUGCACUCAUUUUUGCUGUAAAAUAGUAUGAACUUAAAUGCAUCGUUUUAGUUCAUCUGUAACCUACAUGAAGUCUGAGUUUUGUUGUUAGCUACCUGCCAGUCGGCUAGCGCGUUAGCUACAAAGCUGAGAGACCGAGACACCUGUCGUCCCGAAAGUAUAACCUGCAGCCUGCUGAUGGGAAACAAGUAGGACCUCAGACCAGAACAGAACUGUCUUUGUGGCUCUGUAGACGUUAAUUGCCCGGGUUAUCCCGCGCCUAAAUGCCCGAGCAAGGCCCCAGGAUGAAUGGGUUUUCUCUCGGCGAACUGUGCUGGCUGUUCUGUUGUCCGCCCUGUCCCAGUCGCAUCGCGGCCAAGCUAGCUUUUCUCCCACCGGAACCCACGUACUCGGUGCACACCGAUGCUAACGGGGUAACUAGCUUGCAUUUAACGGAACGGGCGGACUGGCAGUACUCCCAGCGAGAGCUCGAUGCGGUGGAGAUGUUCAGCACCAGAAGCAGCCGGGGUAACCGGGUCGGCUGCAUGUUUGUUCGCUGCGCCCCGAAUAGUCGGUACACGCUGCUGUUUUCACACGGUAACGCCGUGGAUCUGGGGCAGAUGUGUAGUUUUUACAUCGGCCUCGGCUCCAGGAUCAACUGCAACGUGUUCUCCUAUGAUUACUCCGGCUACGGAGUCAGCACCGGCAAGCCGUCUGAGAAGAACCUGUAUGCGGACAUCGAGGCGGCCUGGCAGGUCCUGAGGAACAAGUACGGUGUAACACCUGAGAACAUCAUCCUGUACGGUCAGAGCAUCGGCACCGUGCCCACCAUCGACCUGGCUGCUCGCUACGAAUGUGCAGCUGUCAUCCUACACUCCCCACUCAUGUCAGGACUACGAGUGGCCUUCCCUGAUACACGCAAGACCUACUGCUUUGAUGCUUUCCCCAGUAUUGACAAGGUGUCCAAGGUGGCAUCCCCAGUGCUGGUGAUCCACGGUACCGAGGACGAGGUGAUCGACUUCUCCCACGGCCUGGCCAUGUACGAGCGCUGCCCUCGCGCCGUGGAGCCCCUGUGGGUGGAGGGAGCCGGCCACAAUGACAUUGAACUCUACGCCCAGUACCUGGAGAGACUCAAGCAGUUCAUCUCCUUCGAGCUUCCCACUUCCUGAGGGGAGCUCAGCACUCAGGCCAGGGUUCAUCUCAACACAGCCUCCUCCUUAUCAUCUCCCGACUUCCUCUCUCUCAGCAGACGGGGCAGGGCGGGAGGAAACUCACUACAACAUUCUCGCCUGUCCUUGGAGCCAUUUCAGAGUGAGAAUGUCAAGUGGACUGGAAGAGGAGGUGGUUUUAGUUUGUUGAGGUGCAGCUUGAGGGUAAGGCCAGGCCAGGCACGGAGCUUAGAUUUAACAUGUAGUGUCCCCAAAACCUGGCUGGCGUUCCUACAUGUGGACCCAGUUCGCCAGUUCAGCUCGAGCCUGGACAGUGCUUGCACUCGCUGCUCGCUCUGGAUUCAUUUCCCACUCCCACUCUCUCCCUCCUUCCCUUCCUCUGCUCACUCCCCCCCCCCCCUCACCUGUUCUGUGUCAGCGUCUGUCACUGUGAGCUUCAGUCUGUCACAUCCUCUGUUUCUCCCAUGAUCCCUGCUUUCCUUUCAACAGAGAGUCUUUGCAACGGUCAAGCUUGAUUUUUGUAUUCUUUUAUACCAGGUGAAGAAGUAUCAAUUUUGCACCUUGAGAUACAAUUGAAGUUUUUUACUUUUUCUGUAUUUUUAAGUUACCAUUCAGGGUUGAUCAAACAAAUGCACUUUUAAUGUGCAGGUAUUUUCAGGUAAUGUUUUUUUUUCUGGGUUCAUAUAUGUACAUGUUGUUUUUCUUUUUGUUAUCGGCAUUCCAUGUUUUUCUUAAUUGCAGGUAGAACAAAAUGUGUUUUCAGUUGGUGUGUAUGUUUAAAAGCUGUUAAAUCAGAGUGCACUGCUGCAAAUCUGGCCUUUGUAGCGGUGACCUUUGUAGCCCUGAUGCAAGCUGUUCUCUUCUACAAGGAGAAGAUAAUGCAGAACUUCAUUAGGAAAUCCUGCAAUUUACAAUUUUUCUUGCUUAUUGGCAAACACAAAUGCAGUUCUGUGAGAAAAUGACUGAAGGCCUUGAAUCAUUUUCAGCUGCUGGUAAUUUCUGCACAUUCAGUUCAAUAAAAUCUCAAUCUUUAGAACUGGUUCACCAUUAGUAUACAGUGUGAACCAAAGAUGUUAAUCGACAUACUUUGUGAUUAGUGGGUCAUCUUGCAGAAUUUAAUGCUGAACCUACCAGGGAAUCCAAACAAAUCUAGACAUCUGAGCACCCGGUGAAGCCAUUGUUGAAUCAUCAAUACUGUUAGAACCCUUCAAUCUAACUUUGAGGGUCAUUUUGUGCAUCAAGUGUGUACAUUUGCCAUAAAGCAAUGCAGCAAUGAACAUCCCAAAUGUUGGAUAAUAUGUAUGCUUACCUCAGUAGAAGAGAGAGCAGCAGCAUCAGGGCAGUGCUUUUGUUAACUGGAGAUAAUGUGUGAUAAGACUUGACAGCAGUUUCAAACAGAAACACUCUUGACUCAGUACUGUAAACUGAAGCCAGAGAGCAUGUCGCUGGGUAUCCCCGCAGACAGAAAGACAAGCGCUCUGGUGUUCCCUCACUCAACUGUAAACUCUGCUCCAUGCCGAGAUAUUCAAGGUGAACAUGCUGUCGCUGGGUUCUUUUAUCAGUCAUUUCAAAUAAAGCCUUAUGUAUGUAGACAUUUCUCCCAAACGUUCCUGUCGACUACAGCGGGGCUCUCGUGGUCUUCAGGAGGACUGAUAACUGCUGCUAUUCAUCAGAGGAAUCAAUCAGUCAAUCACUGUGAAAGCCAGACAGUUUAGGGAAUACGGAAAUGACAGGAAGGUACUAAAACCAAAUUCAACCUGACCAUCGCCACCCCGAUACUGUCCCUGUCUGCAGUAGGAGAGGCAACAGCCCUCCUUUACCAACAGCUUUGUCUGCUGAGCCCUCUGUGACAGUUGGCUCUUUAUUCCAGCUCAAACUCCAAAGACAUUUGAAAGAACCAUGAAGGGGAAUGGGAUGCUGUGGAACUAAGCACCGCAUGCAAAAUCACAUCUUAUCAUUGUGGACAUUUCAACUUGUAUUGACUGUAUUUGAAUCAUUUUUCUUUACCCCCAGCAAAUGAAAAAAAAAAAAAGUAAAACACUAAAAAAUGAAGCUAAAUAAUAACAUAAAAUUGGUAAAACACUAUCACAUUGAAGUAUAACGCUUAAGAUGUUUUGAGAGAAGGAUUGUGUUGGAGGGUUAUUUGCAUAGCGACUUGUGAUAAGUGUACUGCUGUGAAGUGGUUUGUCAGUUGGGUAUUAGUGUUUUCUGAUCAUAGCUAAUGUUAAUGGGCCAUGUUGUUGGAUGAUGAGCCCUCGGCCAUCUCUCUAGUAUAUUUCCUCUAGCUCCUCUUUUUAAAGGAAAUGAAGACCUUGCUUUAGUCCCGAUUUAUUGUUUUGAUACUGACAUUUUUACGAUUUUCCAGUCUAAAUGUUGAUAGAUUUACACUGUCUCUGAAGCUGGUUUGUACGAUACUUCUCUGUAACGGUAUUCUUCAGUAUCUUCUCUAUACAUAUUAGCCCUUACACAGGGCAGUCUAGUCUCUUUUAUUUUAACACUGGAAUCAUGAUAUGCAAAUGAAAGGCAGAUAAAGCUAGUAGAAUCAGAUUUUGAUAAUAAUAUUGUGUAAAACAGAAGAAAAGCCUUAAAUAUGCCAUAAAACAGAUUGUUCUUCAUGUGGUUGUUGUUGCAAGAAGGCAACACAAUGGAUGUUUUAAUGCUUAUAAUGGAAUAAAGGAUGCAUGAAAGUUUGUGUCUUACCUUAA